CUACGUACGAUGUGAUAACGUUUUCCUCAGAUUCAAGUGUUUUCUUUUCUUUUAAACGAUGCCUCUGCGGAAAAAAAUAGUAAAAUGGAAAAGUUACGAACGAGCUUUAGAAACGACAGACCUAAAGCAUAUUUCCAGUUCGAAAUUGCGUGGAAAACACCUAAGUAAAUCGGCAUCAGAAUUAAGUUGCGGCACUGAACUGAAAGAUGAAAUGACUGAAAUUCGACCGCAAUCGGCGGCUGGUCCAGGACCUUCACAUCACUUCUCUGUUUACCACAAAGCACACAACUUUUUUGCUCAACUAAAGAACCGUUGGGGCCACGGGAAGCACAAGGAGCGCGCCAGGCACAAGUCUCCGGGAAGACAAGAUUCCACCACCGAUUACGCAGCAGACCUUAGCAGUGAUCAUAGUACACCAAGUACGCAAAGUCCAAGACAUAGAUUAACAACUUGUACAGGUACUAUUAAAAAUAAAACACAUUCUGGGUAUAAAAUGCCUUGA